CGACAAGGUUAUAAUGUAGCGAGGCAGCUGGUAUCGAAGAGCGCCAGACUCGCUUCAUGGGCUCAGGACGACCCUGGCUGUCGUUUGCCGAAAUAGUCGUACCGAUUUCUGGUACAGUAGCUACUUACUAGUCAUCGAAGUAAGCACCGGGCUGUAGCUGGCUCGAGAUGAUACUGACAGACAGAAAUCAAACGCCGACAAGUGAUCGACAGACAAUCACUUGGAAGCUGAACAUUGGACCGUGCGACGAGGCUGGACCGCGCGACGCGUCGCCAGCGGCCACAACCCCUUGCGGCGAGAGAAGUUUGUGGGUCCCUCGGAGUCAUCUUGGCCCCGACGGAGCUUGAGGGGAUCGACGGGGUCGAUAAGGCCGGCCAGGUGCAUGUCCUGAAGGCUGUGUGCGAUGUUGAUGCGAACGAGCGCACUGCACAGGGUCGGAUCAACAAGAUAGCCUCAAAUCCCGAGCCUCGACGUCGGGUCAGGCACGGGAAAUUCCC